AUGUCUUCUACACAAGAUACUAAUUUAGGCCUUUCAGAAUCUCAAGUGGAAUUGUAUACUGAAGAAACCACUGAAAAAACUAACGACAUCUCUACGAAAGUUGAUCAAGAGGUGGUAAUCAAUUCAAGUGAAGAGAAGCCAGACGUUAAAGACAUUGAAACUAAAAUAACUGGUGAGGUACAAGAACAGCAAGAAGAAAUCGCUGUUGAACAAAAAAAGGAUGCUGAAAGUGAUUCAGCUUUAAAGGAAUCGAAUCAAGAAGAUGCAGUUUGGGAUGAUAACGCUCAAGCAUAUUAUUAUUGGAACACCAUCACCAAUGAAACCACCUGGGAAAAUCCAAGUAAUAUCAGUAAUAAUACCGAUUUAACAGCUCAAACUAGUAACUCUGAAUACUCCGAACAAGAUUAUUAUCAAUAUUAUUACUCUCAAUAUGGUUAUGAUCCUGAAGCGUAUUAUUAUGGAUAUGAUGGUUCCACCUUAACUGCUUCUUCAGAUAUGGCAAACACUGCCGUGGCAUCUACGGAACCUCCUAUAAAUCCUUUGGAUACCCUUCUUGAUAAGAUUGACAAAGAAGUUAAAUCUAAACUUGAUAAAAAAUCUUCAAAAACAAAAUCAUCACCUAUUUCUGAUUCUCAAUAUAAUUCUAAUGAUCAAGAACAACCUCCUACUUCUACAAACUUAGAUUCAUAUGAUCAAUAUAAAUCCACGACAAAUGAUUCCGAGUAUCAAUCAUUCUUAGCGGAACAUGGAAGUGAUGGCGCGGACUAUAAAUUUACCGCAAGAUUUAAUGCAAGAACCGGAAAGUUUCAACGUGAUCCAACUUUGAAUCCUGAAAAAUUUUCUGCUGAUGCAAAAGCAAUUAGACAAAUGUCUUAUUUCUUUGAUUAUGAUCAAUUUGCUGAAUCUAGAGGUUCUGCUGCUAAUAAAAGACUUUCGUCAGAUGCUUCAUUAGACGAUUCUAUAAGAAGUCACAAGAAAUUGAAUAAAAAAGAUAUCGAGAUGUUUAAACAAAAAAAGAAAGAGAAAAAAGAGAUGAAGAAAAAAUCUUGGUUACUUAGUGACGAUUAA